AUUCAUUCAUAGGCAUCAGGACCAUGAUAGGUAAUGCUUCGCCGUCUUUCGUGUACCAGGCUUUCUCCAGGUUGUGCCCGGCAUUAUCGUUGCACACCCGUGCCAACACAGGUCGAAAUCUCAAGACCAACACGAGAAGGCAUCCAGAGACCACAAUCAUCUCCGAUUUGCAUCUCCUGCGGGAUGAAGCCAUACUAUCUGCACCAGGCGGAGAAAGAUAUCCACCCCUUCAGUAGGCUGGCAUGGCGAAUUGGUUGGGUGGUCGACCGUUGACCCAGAAACCCAGAAUGGCUACCUUUGUCUCGCUGGUCACUUGCCAAAACUGCAAUAACCUUGCAAGACACAAUGUGAUCAAUAGAGACUACAUGAUGGGCUUCUCCAGGAACUACUGCACUCCCAGCCCUGCCAAUAAAUACUGGAUCGCUGGCAGAUAUCUACAUCCAGCCUGUAGAGGGCGCUCCCCCCACACCAAGACUGCAACCACUAUCAAACCUCCCUCCACUCGUCAAAGGUCAUCUUCAUCUGAGUCCAGUAGCUCCUCUUCCUCCAGCACAGGCAGUGAAAAGAAGCUUGCAUUUGAUCGGCUGAGAAAGUUUCUGCUCCUGGGGAAUGAGCAGAAAAGAGUAAAAGACGGGCUGAAGUUUUUCCUCCCUGCUCUCUGA